AUGGCUCGUGCACGCGCAAUCGAAACGCGCUUGGAGAAGUUGCUGCCCUCCCUUGAGGAAUACUUCACGAGUGGCUUCCUAACCCGGGCGGAGACACAGGAUGUCGCACGACAGCGAACACAUUGGGAGUACCGUCUUGUUGCUAAACCGUUGUUGCUGUUGGAUGUGCAGAAUGCUGUGGCCUACGAGUUGGGUUUGGAGAGGCGGAUAAGGGAGUAUUGUAUAUCAACAAAACUGGUGUUGAGGCAUCGUUGGGCUGUACUAGAACGUAUUGAGUCUAUCUACCGUAUUGGAAUAAAACACUUAAAGGAUCCUGGUGAGUUGGAAUUGUUGAGGAAAGAAUAUGUUCGGUUUUUGAAGGAUCAUGAGCGCCACACGAGUCUCUCUGCACUGUAUGGUGAACUCAUGGUGCGCCAUCCAACACGCACAGACCUGUGGGUGGAGGCUGCACUUUAUGAAGGUGUUGAGAUGGGAAACACAGACAAUGGUCGGGCAAUUGUACAGCAAGCUAUUCUUACAGCAGGAGCGCAACCAGAGGUCUGGAACGCAGCAGUUCUCUUGGAGCUGAACUUUGUUGAUCGGAUCUUAUCUAAGUUGGUGGAGGAACAGUUACAGAAGGAGAGCGAAGACAGUGAGCACGACAUUGUAGAAGAACUUCAGAGAGAAAACUCUGCGCUGGCUAGUGUAGUGGUAGAUCUGGCUCUGGUUAAAGCAGUUGUAGAGGAGGCUCUUGAAGGUCCUGCCUGUGGUCCAAAAUUGGUACAACAACUCUUGGAAAGCGCUACGCGAUUCAGCUACACCAGACCUCUUGUGGAGUUUUUGAUGGAAACUUCUGCAUUAAAAAUGGUCUCCGCGUUGAGUCCAGAAAACAAAUGUACUACCGCAUCCCGUAACUGGACAGAUAACGGUGUGUUAAGAUUCCUCCACGAUUACUUGACUUUUGAGAUGCGUAUGGUAGAGCGUAAAGUGAUUGGGGAUGUUGCCUCGUAUCUACGCUGUAUGGGACGUAUGAAUAUAGCCACUCCAGAAGACCGUAAAAUGGCAUCUCUAAAGGCGUUUAUUGCCGCAUUGACAGUCGCCCAAGCGGAGGUGGGGUCAUCAUCGCUACUACAACGGAUGCGAGAUGCGGCGGUGGAAGUGGUGGUCUUAACUCUGGAGUCUUUGCAGAAGUUUAUCUCAGCGAGUGGCAUUUCUGCUUUUUGUCGCCUUCUUCUUUCUGGGAAAUGCGUUGCAGUUACUGAGGCGCUGCAGUGUUUGUGUGAGUGGAAAAAGGCAUCACAAGAGCAGGAACAACAACGACGGUUGCUGCAGAUAGCAGAUACAUCGGCUAAGCGAGUACAGUCCCUACUCGAGGCAGCUCGUGAGGUAUCUGUCUCUGCAAAGAAGGCAAAACAUGAGGACAAGGGAGUCACAUGGCGGUUGUGGCGAUUUCUUCUCCCAAGUGAUCGCAAGGCGGUUGAAGCUUUUAAUUCACAGGGGGAUGCACACCUCGUGGAUGACGGUGAUGUGGAGCGACUACUGCACUCUCUACGCGAUGUGAGGGAUGAGGAAACGUUGAGGCAUGCGGUGCUGCAGUUCCUGCAGGAGUUUCACCUUAUAACUGCAGUGGAAAAACUUGAAGACGGACUUCAGCAAUUGCGGUUCAGCAGCAGUGCAAAAACGCCCAUUACCUUGUGGAAGAUCUUCUCUCUGCUGGAGGAACGUUCCAAGAUGAUGAAGGCGACAUCCCGUGCAAUGUCAUCAAAUGGCGAUAAGGGAGAUACUGAGGACGACAGCUCCAGCGAUGACGAAUACGACAAUAGUAACAAGAAAAACAAUAAAAACAACGAAACGAAUAAACAUAAAAAGAAAGUGCUUGCUGCAGAUGACGAGAGUUACGCCGUUACCGGACUGAGGUUUCUCGCAAGUGUGCCACGUGGGACGUUGGAUCAAGCAGGGGAGGCGGAGCGUCUUGACGGUUGUUGGGGACUUGUCUCUGGGCGAGUGCGCACACUGACGGGACUACACUCUACAUCCCGCGAUGAUUUCAUUGCCUAUUUACAGCGAAGCACAGACAAAUCGUGGGUGGAGGGCGUUCGUUCUCUUCUGCGUGUGGCCCGUCUUUGCGAGCCACUCCCCCGUCAGGUGCAUACUGACAUCUCCAUCCCGUUCUUUGAGUCGCUAGCGCUAGUGCAGAGUGGUGUUGGAGCCUCUGCCGCUAUACGGGAGGCACGAGAUGCUCACGAGUAUUUGCUUGCAAUGUACCACGCAGCACCGAAGGCAAUAGGGGAAUUUCUCCCGCUUGUACUCCACGUGCCGAGGCGCGAGGGUAUCAAGAUGCGUAAGUCUCCUGGGGAAUUAAACGCGGCAGAUUGGGCGCGGCUUGUGGCAUUUGAGCGUGGAGUGGCAAAAGAUUUGUUCCGCGCGAAGGAGACAGCAGCGAGGGCUCAGAGGACAACAUUGGCGCCUCAGCAACUCCUUUCCAUGCUUAACGCAUGCUAA